AGUCUUAAGGUCAGCAUGUAAGCUGCAAAGCAUGCAGUAGUGACUAUAGACUAUAGUCUAUACCGAGUUUAAUCUAAAGUAGCGAGAUCUUUUAUCUAUGGGUGCACUGAGCUAGCUCCGCAGAAUCAGGUAGACCUAGAUCUAUAUUCUAUAGCUAGCUGGCCGGCCAUGAGCAAGAGAAGGAUAAGUGUGAAGCCUAAGUCUCAAUCUAUCUCCUACUUUGAAGUAUCUCCUUCAAAACGUCGUGCUGUGCAUAAAAAGUCUCUCUCUUUGUCUGCUGUGCCAGAAUCCUCUUCUGUUAAUUCUUCCAGCAGUACUAGGUUCCUCUCCAGUGAUAAAAAUGAAGCUGAAGAAGUAGAUGUACAUGGAGCGAGCAGGCCUACUGAUGUUAUCAGUGGCGACUCUCCAGAUGUAUUAAUCAGUAGUGAGUGGCAUGAUCAUGAUCCAGAGAGCUCGGGGCAGGAUGACACCACUUUUCCAGACAUGGUGAGCUCAAGUGCUUAUGAGAAGCGACAGCAGAAGGCUGCUGACAACUGGGCUGAAGUGCGUGUCCAGUUGCUACGUGCCAGUGUAGAAACCGGAAUUCCUUCCCCUUGUUCUGUGUGUGCCGAGUGUGAAGAACCCACUGUUGCAAUUUGCCGGGAUUGUGGACCACAGGCAUACUACUGUGCCAACCAUGUGGACUCAGUACACUCUCUGACAAAUAUUUUUCAUCGACCUUUUCUCUGGAAAAAUGGAAUGCUUCACCCAUACUAUUUCAAGCAGUCGAGAACCUUUCCAGCACUUCAUUGUUGCUGUACAACUUACAUAAAAGAAGUUGUUUGUCUUGAUCCUAAAGGUUUCCAGCAUUGUGUGUGCGUAACCUUCUGCAAGUGUGAGCCUGAGGCUGUUACUCUUGUGCGGCAUAACAUGUGGCCAGCGACACCAGCAACUCCCACCCUAGCAUUUCAUCAGGAUCUGCUACUAUGGAUGGAGUCACUUUUGCUGGAAGGGUGUAUUGGUGUCGAUGCUUUUUGUCGUUCUCUUGAAUAUAAAAUUGGAAGAGAUAUCAGCAAACAACUCCGGAAGAUCUAUCCUGUCAUGAUUGAUGCAUUUGAAGAAUAUAGGUUCAACAGAUAUCAACUCGACUGUCUUCUAUUUUUGUCUCCUGACUUGAACACUACAGCUAUCUGCCCUGCCUGUCCUCAGAGCAAUGGAACUCAAAUUAUAUCCAUGGAUGGUGUAUUUGGACUAUGUCGGAAAAAGUCUGCUGGUGUUAGUGUUCGACCACCACUCUUCUCUGGUGUAUUCUUUGAGGAACAGCAAGCAGUAGAUGAGUUUGUUGCUGAUUAUGAUACAUUUGGCCAGAUAAUCGACAAGGGGUGUCAUGAGUUCCUCGCUGGAGACACUUUGCGCUCCAAAUCAAGGUACGCAGCUCUAGAUGAAACUGCUGUGUUUGGAAGCUCUGUCGUCAUGACUUUCCCCAGAGAUUUCUGAAUAUAAAGCAUGGA